AUGGAGGAGUACGCCGAGCUCGUAGGCGAGGGCGAUUUAGGCGAAGGACCGGGAGACGCAAAAAAAGUCAUCUUAAAACUUCCCACACCGCCGAAGGGGGCGAAGGAGAUUUUGAAGGCGAAGGAUUUGGACGUCGGCUAUGUGUCCACGGAUUCCACACUCGUCAAGGGCGUGAAUUUGACUGUCACAAAGGGCGAUCGAAUCCUCAUCAUCGGUCCGAACGGCGCUGGUAAGAGCACCUUGAUGAAAACCAUCGGCGGAGUCAUAGAAUCGAGAGGUGGAGGGGUCGAACAGGGCGAGGGUGCGGUCAUCGGGUACUUUUCACAAGAUUUGGCGCAGGAGCUCCCUACGGAGGUCGACGCCUUGACGCACGUCCUCGACGUGGCACGAAAAAUAGAUAAAUCAGUCACGAGCGAAACCGCUAGAGGGGUCUUAGGCGCGCUCGGCAUCACGGGCUCCGCCGCGGUUGACCGAACGAUCGGGUCGCUCUCCGGCGGCGAGAAGGCGCGCGUGGCGCUCGCCGCGUUCGUCCUUCGACCAGUUAACGUUUUGUUACUCGACGAGGCGAGCAAUCACUUGGACGGCACCGCGAUCGAGGCUCUUUGUGAAGGAUUACGCGGUUGGGAAGGUGCGGUGUGCGCUAUUACGCACAACGCCUCAUUCGCCGUCGCGCUCAAUCCAACUGUCGUCGUCAGAGUCGAACAUGGCUCCGCGACGUCCGCCAUCCACGUCCCCGGCGCCCCCUUGGGUGUGGGCGAGUACGACACGGUGGAAAGAAAAUCGUCUCAAAUGGAUGAAACAUUCAAAAAAGAAGCUGAGGAGGCCAAGCGCAAACGUCGCGCUUUAGAGAGAGAGGCGGCGAACGCGCCGAAAGUCAUUGAAAAAAUCGAGCGCGCUCUCGCCGUGCUCGACGCCGACAUCGAGACCCUGGAUGCGAAACUUCUGGAGGCGGGCGCCGACGUCGGUAAGGCUCUGGAGAUUCAAAAGCAAAAGGACGAAAAGGUCGCGAAACAAGAGCUCUAUUACGAGGAGUGGCAGCGCCUCGAGUCGCUGUGCGACCAACUCGACCGAGCCGAGCUCUCCGCCCGAAGUGAGCAUUGA